AUGACCAAGGUGAUUUCCUUGACGUCAGUAAUUGAUGAUAUAUAUGAUAACUAUGGUACAAUAGAAGAACUACAACUUUUCACUCAAGCAAUUCAAAGGUGGGAUAUAAGUUGCAUGGAUUUUUUACCAGAAUAUAUGAAAUUUUGCUAUAAAGCCCUUUUGGAUGUUUAUGAGGAAAUAGAGCAAGAGAUGGUCAAAGAAGGAAGAGUUUUUUGUGUAAAUUAUGUCAAAAAUGAAAUGAUAAGAUUGGUGGAGGCCUACUUGAGUGAGGCCAAAUGGUUCAGUGAAAACUGCAUACCAACAAUGGAAGAAUACAUGGCUCUUGGAAGAGUAACUUCUGCUUACUAUCUACUCACAGCAACAUCUUUCAUUGGAAUGGGAUGCAUUGCUACAGAAGAAAUUUUCAAAUGGUUAACUAAUAACCCAAAAAUUGUUAAUGCUUCAUCAAGAAUUUGCAGACUCAUGGAUGAUAUUGUUUCCAAUGAGUUUGAGCAAAAGAGAGGGCAUGUUGCAUCUUCUAUUGAGUGCUACAUGAAUGAACAUGGUGUAACUAGAGAAAAUGCAAUUGAUGAGCUUUCAAGACAAGUUACAAAUGCUUGGAAGGAUAUGAAUGAAGAACUUCUUGAUUCAAAUGAUGUGCCAAAGCCUCUUCUUAUGCGAGUUCUCAAUUUAUCACGUGUCAUUCAUGUGCUAUAUAAAGAUGAAGAUUGCUACACUAACUCCCAAGGAUCAACAAAGAAUGACAUAACAUCUUUGUUGGAUCCAUGUCCAAUAUGA